AUGUCGUAUCGGAAGGUUUCGCCUUUGGACCCGGUUGAUUGUAAGGAGGAGCUUGAGUUGGUGGGGGAGUUGGAGGAUAAGGUCAGUGGUUUACAGAGGGAGAUGGAGCAGCCUCUAGUGGUGGCGAGGAAGGAGAUGGAGGCGAUAACGGAGGAGGGGAAGAGGGAGGUGAAAAUGCUGGUAACGACGGCGGUUCAGGAACUGGACCAAAUGAUGCUGUUUGUGAGUGUUCGCCCUCAUAUGAAAUAUACCCGUUAUGGAACCGGUGCGAACAAUGACCUUGGCAGGGAUUCCCCCUACCUCAAUAUUGCGGAAUGUAUUCACCAGUGCUCCCAACUACCCAAGUGUAGGAUGGUAUACUUCCAUAAAGGUCUCCGCACUUGUUUCUUUGCGACCAGACCAGGAACUUUGAGUGGACGUGCUCCCGAUUAUGACGCUGCCUGGUUCUUGGGU